CGUAUUCAUCAUCUCCUCCAACAAAAUCGAUCAGAAAAAAACCCUAACCCUAAUUUUCAUGGAGAACUACGCCUGCUCUUCGUACACAAACUCCGACGCCUCCUCCCCUCUCUCUUCACCCUCCAUCGCCGUCUCCGCCUUGGACGAUCUACCGCCUGCUGCCGCCCGCGUCAAGCUCAUGUGCAGCUUUGGCGGCAAAAUCCAGCCCCGAUCCAACGAAAUCGAAAUCAAACUAGCCUACGUCGUCGGCGAGACCAAGAUUCUCUCCGUAGACAGAUCGAUCAGGUUUCCGGCGAUCAUCGGAAAGCUGUCGGCGAUCUCCGGCUACGAUGACUUCAUCCUGAAGUAUCAGUUCCCCGGUGAGGAUCUUGAUUCUUUGAUCUCGGUUACUAACGAUGGCGACCUCGAUCACAUGAUGAUGGAGUACGAUCGGCUUCAGAGGAUCGAAUCGAAGCGGAUCCCGUGGCUGAGACUGUUCCUCUUCGGUUCAAUCAGGAAGAAAAAUCAGGAUCCGUCGCCGGCGGUGACGCCGAGGGAGGCGCCGGAUUAUCUUUUCGGUUUGGACGCGCCGCCGGAGAAAGAGGUGGGGGAGCCGGCGCCGGAGCUUCAGAGGGUUCAGAUCGGCGAGAAACAGCAAGGCGAAACCCUAGCUAGGGCUUGUCCUCCGGUCCAAGGGAAGUCACCACCUGCUCCGGUACCGGAACCGGCUCAAGCGUGCUGGCAAAAUCCUCGAUUGGCGUCGAUUGUUUGCGAGGACGGGAAAUUUUAUCUGGUUCCGAUGAGUCAAGGAGUUUUUCCGGCGAAUUAUACUACCUUGCAGAGGGUGGUGCCCCCGGCGUGCAAUAGCCCGACUGCGGCGUACCCUGCUGCGGCAAACUUUGGGAUGGGGGCGUACGAUAACUGCGGCGCGGGUUUUGCGGCGUAUGAUAGCGUCGGCAGGCAGGUUUACUAUACGGGAACGGCGGCCACGUAUCAGUCAAAAUGUUAACAACGUGGCUGUGCCUGCGGAGUCUGAGAUACUUAAACCCUCUCAGGUUUCUUGACUACUAAAAAGUAAUAAAUAAAAUAAAUAAAGUUCCUUCUUUAAGGGGUCUCUUUUUUGACUUUUUUAGUUGUUGUGGGUACUUUGGGUUUUUUUUCUUCCCCCAGUUGUGCUCAGGUUUGUUUUUAGAGCUGCAUGUGGUGGUGACAUAAUGCAUGGCUGUGUUGGAAUGUAAA